ACCAAGCCGCUUUGAGCUCUGAGCACACAGCGAACGAGAAACCCAGCAUGGCAGCGACCUCAGAGUUUGUAGUUCGUGAGCUACAAUGAACUGUUUUAACUAUCCAACUCGGAUAAAACAAACACCAUUCCGUCUUCUGCUUGUCUUGGUGUAAAAGUAAGGUUUGCUUUAUGGCUCUGCAUCUAACUUACAGAAAUUAUCCAGAGUAGCCUGACAUCCGAAUCAGCCAUGGAGUCCAUAAUGCACCAUGCCUGGCAGAGAGGCUUCCGGUGCCUGCCCAGGACCUCAGCUCUUUUAAGCAGGAGCCAUUCCAGCUGUGCCGAACAUGCCACAAACCCUGCCUCCGCCUCAUCCAGACAUGUCACGCCCACGCUCCUGGUGUCCCGGCUUUACCAGCCCUCCAACCUGCGUGAUGUGGGGCAGGACAGCCGCUUACCGGGGGAGAUGACCUGUAAGAGUCAGAGGUUGAUGCAGCAGGCAGGUCUCAUCCAUCCCUCCAGCCCGGGGUGCUACUACUAUCUCCCUGCCACUGUGCGCUCCAUGGAAAAGUUGGUGAGACUGAUUGACCAAGAGAUGCAGGGGAUCGGUGGCCAGAAGCUGGACAUGCCCAGCUUGUGCUCGGCUGAGCUGUGGAAAUCCAGUGAGCGCUGGGAUUUAAUGGGAAAGGAGCUUUUCCGUCUGAAAGACCGACAUGGGGCUGACUACUGCCUGGGUCCCACACAUGAGGAGGCGGUGACAACUCUUGUUGCUCACCAGACCACCCUUUCCUACAGACAGCUCCCUCUGCUUCUCUACCAGAUCACCCGCAAAUUCAGAGAUGAGCCGAAGCCAAGGUUUGGUCUGCUUCGAGGGAGGGAAUUCUACAUGAAGGACAUGUAUUCAUUUGAUGUGAAUGAGGAGGCUGCGUAUCAGACCUAUGAGUCUGUGUGCCAAGCAUACACCAGGCUCUUCUCCCGGCUGGGCCUGCGUUGCGUUCAGGUGCAAGCAGACACGGGGAACAUCGGCGGUAAACUGUCCCAUGAGUUCCAGCUGCCGGCAGACAUAGGUGAGGACCGGCUUCUGGUCUGUGGGAGCUGCUCCUUCUCUGCCAAUGUAGAGACUGUGUCAGCAGGACGGACCGAUUGCCCACAGUGUAAGACCGGCACACUGGUGGAGUCAAAGGGUAUAGAGGUGGGUCAUACCUUUUACCUGGGCACAAAGUACUCUCAUAUAUUCAAUGCCACCUUCAGCAAUGCUCAAAACAAGCCAACCAUCGCUGAGAUGGGCUGCUACGGUCUUGGUGUAACUCGUAUUCUCGCUGCUGCCAUUGAAGUGAUGUCAACAGAGGAAGGUAUCCGCUGGCCGGGGCUUCUAGCUCCCUACCAGGUUUGUGUUGUUCCCCCUAAGAAGGGCAGCAAAGUGGAUGAGGCGGCUGGGUUAGCUGAGGAGCUGGUACACACUUUUGGAGAGACUCUGCCUUGUUUGAGAGGUGAAGUGGUUCUCGACGAUCGCACCAACAUGACCAUUGGGAAGAGGCUGAAGGACGCCAGCCGGCUGGGUUACCCAUAUGUCGUCGUGAUAGGACAGGCUGCUCUAGAAGAAAUACCCAGGUUUGAGGUGAUCUGUCAGCAGACCGGUGAGAUGAUGUUUCUCAGUAAAGAUGGACUAGUAGACCUUCUGGGAAGAGUGGAAACUGUAUGAAUAAUAACUGGGAAAACGGGAAUAAGUGUUCCUUUAUUUAUGUGUGUACGGUGGUGGUGUUUGUAUGGUGCUUUGAGUGAGCAGUGGCAGAGCAAAAAAAAAAAACAAAGCUUUGUGUCCAGAUGUUGUGAUUUAUGACACUGAGGAGAUUGGAGG